AUGGCGCCGUCAAUCGAGAUCACCAACUUGCGCCUUCCACAUACUUCAAACCUUCUUGGAAUAGAUGACCCAACUCCUAUAAUCUCAUGGUCGUACUCUAUCCCAUCCGCGCAAACUGCUCCAUCCUGGCAGCAAAUCACGUACAUUCUAUCCCUUCGGAGUUGGUCUCUUGCUAGCGGCUCGGAUUCUGCAAAAACUUACGUUGUGGUGGGCCCGCAGGGAUAUUGUAGCGGGAAUAUACUAUGGCCAAAAGUCUUCCCGAGAGUUGAAUCUUCUCAUGUUUAUGAACUCUCGGUGCGGGCGAUAUUUACAGGAGGAAAAACCAAUGCACAUGGAGAGUUCGGAAGCCCGGGUGGUGAUAAGUUAGCGCCAGAAGGAGAAUCUGCAGAGCAACUGGCAGCGAAGUUCACCGUUGGUCUUUCCGACGCUUCUAUUGCUUCAGGUGUCCUGAAGUUCGAAGGCGGUAUCGUUGGAGGCCUGAACGGGUGGUAUAAGAAAGCUCCCUCCAUAACGCCAAUAACUACGCCUUGGAGCGCCCAGGGUUGGGAAAAGCCAGAACCCGUGCCGGCAUAUCGAAAUACUUAUACUCUCAAGUCAAAACCUCAAUUCGCCAGAGUCUACGCAACCGGCUUUGGUGUUUAUAAAAUCUCUAUCAACGGAAAGGCCGUUAGUGCUGAAUCAACCAUGAACCCUGGCUGGACAGAAUACGCUGUCAGAAUGACUUACCAAACCUAUGAUAUCACAGAGCACCUUCAAGCCGGUGAUAACGUGGUUACUGUUUGGGUGGCAGACGGGUGGUACCGUGGCCGUUUAGGGCUUCCUCAUAAGCGUUGGUCAGCUCGAAGAGGAAUUUACGGCAAAGAGACCGGGUUUAUGGCCCUUUUUGAGACAUUUGGGUCAGAGAACCAGAGUUUUUGGACAGGCAGUAGUAGUGAAACUGGUUGGAAAUGCAUCCAACGAAGUCCCAUCCUCGAAACGGAGAUCUAUGACGGAGAGCACCACGAUGCCAGAAUUAGCAUUGAAACAGCCGGGGAAGAUGAAUGGAAAGAUGUUAAACAAAUCCCGGAAGUUUUUGUUUCUGAGCUAAGACGUCCUGUUAUAAACGAAAAAACCGUCAAUUGGAGAAUCUUAAAGUGGGAUAUCGAAUCUUGGAGCACUGAAACAGCAACAAAGGCAUUACAAGCACAAACCGCGCCACUUAUUCGGCACACGCAGACAUUCCCAUUGAAAGAAACCAUCAGAACGCCGAAAGGGAAGAUUAUCUGGGAUUUUGCUCAGAAUAUUACCGGAAAGAUCAAGAUAAAAGGCGGCAACGGUGUCGAAGAGUGGGAGCCGGAAUUCACUUUCCACGGAUUUCGAUACGUCCAAGUUGACGGUUUGCCCGAGGGGGUGGAGAUCGAGGCCGUAGCUAAAGUAUAUGGCAGCGACUGUGACAAGGGGCUUUUGAAAUUUAACACUACUCACCAGGACCUUAACCGAUUUGUGGAAAAUAUCCAAUGGAGUACCAGAGGAAACUUCUAUUCAGUACCAACAGAUUGCCCCCAGCGUGACGAGAGAUUAGGCUGGAGUGGUGACAUCAAUCUAUUUGGGCCGACAGCAGUCUAUAUAUUUGAUUGCUACACAUUCUUAAAACAAUGGCUCCAAGGUCUCGCAGAUGGGCUUUACAUAGGUGGUUUCAACCGACCUCCCAUUGUCUCUCCAAACGCCUUUGAACUUCCUGGGUCACACAGACCGAUGGCGAUCUGGGAGGAUUGUUUAGUUGCCUUGCCGUGGAAUCUUUACAAGCAGUACCGAGAUCCUAGUCUCCUCGAAGCCCUUUAUCCCAGUAUUAGGCAAUACUAUACUAAAGGUAUUCCGAGAAACGAGGAUGGUCUAUGGGUAGACUCUUUCCAAUACGGUGACUGGCUUGACCCCACCACUCCACCAGAACGCCCAGAAUUGGCUCAGACGAAUCAAAUCUUCAUUGCCGAUACCUGGCUCUGCAAUAUCUCACAGAUAAUUCUCAACAUUGCAACAGUUCUUGGGAAAAUGGAAGACAUUGAAUUGUUCAAAUCCUCAAAGGAGAAGGUUAUCUCGGCAUGGCAAAAGAAAUACCUAGUACCUAUUGAUGCAUCCAUCUCAGAAUCCGAGGAGCCUCAACAGCUUAUUCGAUGGGAACCAAACGCUGAAGACCCAAAUCCUCCAAAUCCUGUCCCAGAUUCGCAAACAGCAUAUUCAUGCGCUCUUACAUUUGGUCUUCUCCCCGAGAGCUAUAUUGAGCCGGCAAUUCGUCGCCUGCACCACCUUGUCAAAAAUAAGGCCAACUUCCACAUCUCCACAGGGUUAGCAGGAACCCCUGAAAUAUUUUAUGCUCUUUGUUACCCCAGGAAUUUGCCAUCGACUACCUCGCAGGAGCACUUAGAAUCCGUAUCUCUAGCAUAUAAACUUCUGCUAAAGAAUUACGAUACCCCAUCAUUCCUCUAUCCAAUCAAGAUGGGAGCAACUAGUAUCUGGGAGCGUUGGGAUUGCAUCACCAAAGAGGGAUUCGCAAAUGUCGUUUCAAUGACCAGCAUGAAUCACUAUGCCCUCGGAGCUCCCGGUAAAUGGAUAUUUGAAAACAUUGGGGGUAUCAAAUUAGAACACGACGACCUUCCCGUCAGCGGUGUUGUCAACGCAGACGCAAAGGAAGGUUGGAAAUUCAUAUUUGACCCUAUUCCUAGCGUUGAAUUUGGGGUUCUAAGCAAUCAGAUGGAGUACGAAAGUCCAAAAGGGAGAGUGGAGUGUAAAUGGAGCUAUAGUACACAAGAUAAAGAGUUGUCUGUUGAAGUCGCGGUGCCUGCGAACUGUGAAGGAGAGAUCAGGAUAAUCGGAAAAACUGUGCAGAAGGUAGGUGCAGGAAAAUACUCUGUCAAGAAGAAGUUGGAUGAAGUAGACUGGAAGACGUUGGAGGCAUUUUAG